CAAAACCAGAGCCUCCACCCCCAAAUCGCUAUUUAUAUAAAUUCAGCUUGAAAGAAAAACCUCCUGCUUCCCGAAAACCCUAGCGGCAAGCACAGAUCCGAAGUCCUCCAAGCUUCCCUCCCACCUCGCGUUUCCGAUUCCGAAAGCUCCACCACCAUGGCUGACGUUGAGACCGAUGUUGCGGCAGCUGGAGUUCCGAAGAAGAGAACAUUCAAGAAGUUCAGCUUCAGGGGCGUCGAUUUGGAUGCCCUUCUCGACAUGUCCACUGAUGAGCUCGUCAAGCUCUUCCCUGCCAGAGCUCGCAGAAGGUUUCAGAGAGGUCUGAAGCGCAAGCCUAUGGCUUUGAUCAAGAAGCUCCGCAAAGCGAAAAGGGAGGCACCACCUGGUGAGAAGCCAGAGCCAGUCCGUACUCACCUGCGUAACAUGAUUAUAGUUCCAGAAAUGAUUGGAAGCAUUAUUGGAGUGUACAAUGGAAAGACCUUCAAUCAGGUUGAAAUCAAGCCUGAGAUGAUCAGCCACUACCUUGCUGAGUUCUCAAUCUCAUACAAGCCUGUGAAGCACGGUAGACCUGGUAUUGGUGCCACCCACUCUUCGAGGUUCAUUCCUCUUAAGUGAGAUAGUUUCCAGCAGUCUGGAUGCCUGAUCGUGUUAUUUCUGUAAGACUCUGAUAACGAUCACAUUUUUGCUCAUUGCUGCUAUUUGGUUUUGUUAUAUUUUGACCCUACCUUGAUUACUCUUUAGAUGGAAUUUAUAUUUACAGUUGUGGUGCUUUGGAUGCUCAGACUGAGAUUAAUAGAUUUAAGUGUAGUUGAAUUAA